GGUAAUUUAUUUGUAAAAAAGGUUUCAAUUUUGUAACCAAAUGGUUUAAAAGAAUUGUGUAUGGCGUACAAAAUGUAUUUGUUUAGACCAUUUACUGCUGACGACAUGUUAAGGCGUCAAAAAUGUUAUUUUUUCAUGACCAAUUAGUACUGACGAACUUUUAGUGUUGUCAAAAAUAAAUUUUUCUGACCAAUUACUUAUGACGAAAAAUUUAUUUCAUCAAAAUUAAUAAUUUAAUGUUGACGAUCAUUAUUUGUCGUCAAUAAUAAUUAUAUUUUCUGACGACAUUUUUUUGUUGGUUAGUAAUGAUGAUUAUUUCUAAUGCGCACUAUGAAGUCGUCAAAAAUAAUUCGCGUGAAAAAUGGAAAUCGGACAAAAAAACAUUUUACUGACAAAAAAAAAAAAACUUUUGACAAAAGUCCACCUCUGUCAGUAAUAAUUUUAUUAUUACAUAUGGAAAUUGUUUGUCGUCGAAAUUAUUUAUCUUUUUCGACGCAUUUUUUGAGUCGUCAAUAAGUUUUCGUCACAACUUCCUGCCUUUUUUGUAGUGCACUUAACCUUUAUAAUAAAAAAAAAGCUAAUAGUCUCGUGUAUAAUUAAAAAAAAUAUUUCUUUUUGUCAGCCGAUUAUUAGGGUAGAGUUUAAAUUUGUAUCUUCGACAAAUAAUCUAAUUUUUUUUAAAUUAAAAUUACAAUACUAUCCUUCCUAGAAUCACUCAGAAAGCUAGAAAUUCUGAAUGGAGAGUGUUCUGGUGGAGAACCUCCAUAUUUAAGUGGUAGGAUAGGAUAUGACAGGAGGUAGGAUCACAAAUCAACUUGAAUACAUAAGAGACAAGUACUUAAUGCAUCGUUUCGAAUGCAUAUUGUGUAAGUGUGACAUUUAUUGAUAAUUACAACGUUUCACAAUACUAUGGCAUUUAGCAUGUGGUAUUUCAACAAAUAUGAUGUUCAGAUAGGUUAAGAAAGUGUGUUAUUGUAGCUAUGGUACUUAUUACAGAAAUUAAAUAUAAACCUUAUUCUUUUGAUCUUUUCUAAUUUUAUGAAACCAUAGGUUGGGGAUUGACGUGUCUUUCAAAUAUUUCUUUGGCGAUGUAGACGAUAAAUGAGAGUGUUAUGAUAUUAAAGAUGGCCACGAUUAUUAUCUUUUUUGUUCUUUGAUUAACAAUUGAGAGAUUAAUAAAUAGAAGAGUAUGUUAGACUCGUUCGAAACCGUAGAAGAGGCGAGGACAACGAACACGAAGAAAAAGGGGAAGAUGAUUCGGCGAGAUAUGAGUGGAGAAAGCGUUUGAUUUACCCAAAUUGGGAAGGAAAACAAGUCAAUGACAUUUUUCAAAAAUAUUUAUGAUAUUUGAAAAAUAACACAUCCCAAUUACCAUGUUUUUUUCCCAACCAAACACAAUAUUUCUACAAUAAUUCCACUUUAAAUGGGAAAUUCUACCUAAAUACCACACUGGAAUAACCAUUCUAAACCUCCCUGACCCAUAAGUGGUGUGGAUAACUUUUUAUUAACGAGAAGGGCACUGAUAAUAUGAGGUAAGACAUGUAUACAGAGAGCUUAUAUAUUGGUUGGUUGAUAUUUUCCCACCGCAACUCGAUCGCUUGCUUAUUUUGCAGACCCAAACCCUAAUAAUGGAAAUCAUAAAGCUCAAACCUCAUGCGACAAGUAGUACCGGUAGAUACAUCAGCACCUUUCCUGUGCUUGCAAGUCUCCUUGAUAUAAUUUUUAGCUUGAACAAGACAGUCAGCCGCUGAAGGUUUCGUCAGAUCCACCCACCUGUGACCGUAGACAGGCCAGCCAUAGCAAUCCUUUUGGUGGUAAAAGUCACCGCCGUUGGGAGGGUUGGCUAUCGACCCAGACAAGGUGUCUAAGAGGUCAAACACGCACUCAUUUCGGACGUCAGUAGCCUCGAACGAGUCAGAGUCGCAUAAGCAGUUGAACUGGAAACCUUGGGCACUAUGAAUGAUCAGGAGGACCAUCACCAAGAGAAUUGAUGCGUGCAAAACAGCCUGAAGAAUUGAUCCCAUUUUCAUGGGUAGCCGGAUGCAUGCCCCCACAGCCCCAGCAUUAAUUUUAUAGAGUUCCUAGCUUCACUGAUCCGUUGUUUUCUUGUUAACUUUUUAUUUAUUAUGGCAAACGAAUCUGGUUGCUGGACGGAAGAACAAGAAGGGGAUGAUCCACAAAAGGACAGAAAGGGUGGAAACUACGUACAAAUAAAUGAAAAAAAGAUGGACGGUGCUGGGCUGGGUGGUUGGCGGCAUUAUUUCUUGUUGGGAGCUCUGUUUGGGUUUCGGUGGGGUGUUCGGUCGGCGACGAGGUGGAGGUCGGAGGUGGCAUCUGCUGGGCGACAACAGCUACUGAGCGGCAGGUUGGGAGUUAGGGGUGGCCCGUGGGUGGUCGAUCUGUAGGGUUUUCUCUUUUUUUACUGGCUUUUGUGUUUUCAUGCUUUCCGUUUUUUUUUUUUUUACAUAGAUCGGGAAUGAAAUAGAUAUUACAGGACGCUAGAAAACCAGACGCGACAGUCGACACAAUAUCGAGCUGUCGAUGAAAGGGCAUUAGAAGCCACUAAGUGGGCAGCCCUGUUGUACAACCUCUGCGUAAAAGUACAAAUAAAGAAAUUAAAAGACACAGACGCCAAACAAAUCUCUUCCAAGAUCGUUCCACCUGUCGCAUGCACCACAUCACGAGAUUGAAUCAUAAUGGAUGGAUACUUGUAUGGUCAAGGGAAACUACGUGCCCCCUGCAAAAACAAACAAAUCCACAAGCGCCCAUAGAGGAGGACAACUAAGCUCCACCGAAUGGACUUAAACAAGCCAUUGAGACUUAGUCAGAUACUCCGUAUCAAAAGCUAACAAGGUCAAAAUAAAAACAUUUUUUAUUA